CUAAAUUUAUCGUAUUUCUACAUUCCUAUUGAUAGAACGCGACAGGCCCCCGCACCUUGCAGCUCGGGGUGCAAGAAGUCUAUCGAAUAACCGAAAUUGGUGGAAUCUCUUCGGACAACACAAAAAAACAACAGGAAGUUCAACAGGCGCAGCAGCUCAGCAGCAGAAUCACCAGAAGCCGUUGGUCGGAUGCCCGCACGUAAUAUUGCUUUUUUGCGCUGGCCUAUUGAAACAGCUGAACAAUGAAGUAAACAAAGCAUCUCCACCCCCGCAUUCCGCAGACCGAUGUGACAUGAAUAGAACGUGAUUAUUUUUUAGCUACAUAGUUACUAGUAGCGGUUGGUCUGAGUGAGUGAAUCGUGCGUGUUUGUGAAAAGGAAUUACCACAUCGUGUGUUACAUAACGAGAGGAGCGGGGUUCUAUUCUGUAUAGAUGAAGUAUUGUUGAUUGGAAGUGGGCAGGCUAAAUGUUCCAAGCUGCGAUUCGAGUAGAGCGAGUCGGUGCUGGCGUUGAAUCGAUUCGGCUAUGAGCGCAGUUGAACCACAGGUGCGAGAUCCGGAUGAAACGAUGAGAACAUUGCACCAGCGGAAACAAACGAGUGAGCAACGUUUACGUUACGGAUUGGUAUGUUGAUUUUGGCUGAAACGCCUCGAACCGUAUAGAGAUUUGGCAGACACGCGACGGCGGUGACCAGCGAUCUGGUUCUAAAAUUAUUCAACCACACUUCAGCUGGUUGCGAAGGGAGAAUCCACCUAACACGGGGAAACAGAAAUCGAAUAUAGGCGCAAAAUUCCUUCAUCAAGCGAAACGACCGCCCAAGCGAUGGCCGUUGUACGGGCCGGUACGGAGCUGGACAAUGCCCGGGGGAGCUCCGGGCUGAUGUGUUGGCGCGAAUUUGCCUGCGGCUGGGGAGCAGCUUUCGUCAACAUCACCGUAACAUAUCCCAUCUACAAGAUGAUCUUCCGACAGAUGCUGCACGGUGUGCACCUGAAUCAGGCUUUCGGGCAGAUUCGAAGCGAAGGAAUCACCUUUUUGUACCGGGGAAUUUUCCCCCCUCUAGCGCAGAAAACCAUCUCGCUGUCGCUGAUGUUCGGAGUGUACGACGGAACGCGAAGGCCACUGGUGGACUACUGCGGGGUGAAUCAGUACGCGGCAAAGUCGAUCGCCGGCAUUGCGGCGGGGACGGUGGAAGCGGUGCUGAUGCCGUUCGAACGGGUCCAAACGCUGCUGGCCGAUGCCACCUACCAUCAGAAGUACAGGAAUACUCACCACGCGUUUCGCCUGAUCAUCAUCGAGCAAGGCUUCAGGGAACUGUACCGUGGCUUGGUGCCGAUCCUGUGGCGCAAUGGUCCCUCCAAUGCGAUGUUCUUCGUCCUACGCGAGGAAGCGGACGUCCGGCUUCCGAAACGGAACACAGUGAUCAGACAGAGUACGCAGGAGUUCGUGUCCGGCGCGUGCAUAGGGGCAUUUAUCAGUUCGGUGUUCUACCCGAUCAACGUUCUGAAGGUGACGAUGCAGAGCCGAGUCGGUGGUCCGAGCGAAAGCAUGUUGGCGGCGUUGCGACAGGUGUACAACGAGCGCGAUCGUAAGCUGCGGAACGUCUACAAGGGCGUAAGUAUGAACUGCACUAGGGCCUUUUUCAGCUGGGGUAUCGUCAACAGUGCGUACGAGCAGCUGAAGAAGGUUUUCUACUAAGAAAAGGGCGUAACUCACUGCAGUGUCGGCGGCGAACGACGGCGAUGACAAUAAAUAAAAAAAAGAAA